AUGGCUAGUCUACUAUGGUUUGCUCACUUUCUCUCCUUCCUUUUGUUUCACUUGCAUUUCCAAGCUGGUUCUUCUCUACCUUUUUCUUUCAAUUCCUCCUCUGCACCCAUGCCGUGCCAACAUGACCAGAGUCUUGCCUUGCUUCAAUUCAUGAAAACCUUUUCUAUUAGAAGUAAUGCCUCUUCCUGGGAUUUCCUUUACCCCAAGCCUUAUCCCAAGACAGAGUCUUGGAAAGAGGGCACAGAUUGCUGCUUGUGGGAUGGGGUCACUUGCGAAAUAGAAACAGGUAAUGUAAUUGGCCUUAACCUUUCUUCUAGCUUGCUCUAUGGUACCAUCCAUUCUAAUAAUUCUCUUUUCCUCCUUCCUCAUCUCCAAAAGCUUGACCUCUCCAACAAUGACUUCAAGCAAUCUCAAAUUGUGCCUCAAUUUGGCCAGUUUUUGAAUUUAAGGUAUCUUAACCUAAAUCACUCUGUUUUUGAGGGCCAAAUUCCAUUAGAAAUUUCUUAUCUGCCUGCUUUGGUUUCGCUUGAUCUUUCUAAGAACCCUUAUUUGAUACUUGAAACCUUUAUUUUUAACGAGCUUGUUCAAAACCUGACCCAGUUACAGCAAUUGGACUUGAGUGAAAUAAACAUGUCCUUGGUCGGGUCUAGUUCCCUGAUGAAUUUGUCUUCUUCUUUGACAUCUCUCAAACUCAGCGAAUGCCAAUUGCUAGGGAAAUUCCCAGAUAUCAGUCAUCUAUCCAAAUUGGUUUUAUUGGACCUCUCCUAUAACAAUUUUAGUGGUGAGAUUCCAUCCUCAUUGGAAAAUUUUAAACAGCUUGAUACUUUAUACCUUUCCAACAACAAUCUCAAUGGUCAAAUUCCUUCCUUACUCGGAAGCCUUAAGGAACUCUCCUCAUUGGACCUCUCCUAUAACAAUUUUAAUGGUGAGAUUCCCUCCUCAUUUGAAAACCUUAAACUGCUUGACAGUUUGUACCUCUAUAAAAACAAUCUCAGUGGUCAAAUUCCAUCCUUACUUGGAAGCCUUAAGAAACUCUCCUCAUUGGACCUCUCCUAUAACAAUUUUAAUGGUGAGAUUCCCUCCUCAUUUGAAAACCUUAAACAGCUUUAUUAUUUGGACCUCCGCGACAACAAUCUCAGUGGUCAAAUUCCAUCCUUACUUGGAAGACUUAAGAAACUCUCCUCAUUGGGCCUCUCCUAUAACAAUUUUAAUGGUCCCAUCAAUUUCCAAGGAAGCAGGCUUUCAAGGUUAGAAUAUCUCGAUUUAUCCAAUAACUUGUUACAUGGCCGAAUUCCAAGUUCAAUUUUCAAACUUGUGAACUUAAGUGUUCUCAUUCUUUCAUCCAACAAAUUGAUAGGAGAAGUCUCUUCUGCAGUUUGCGAGUUAAAUUCUCUUGAAAUUCUUGACCUGUCAAACAAUAGUUUGAACGGCUUCAUGCCACAAUGUUUGGGAAAUUUCAGCAACAAUCUUUCAGUAUUGCACUUGGGCAUGAACAAAUUCCAUGGAACCAUCCUUGAAACGUUUUCAAUAGGCAACAACUUGAGAUAUUUGAACUUCAAUGGUAACCAAUUGCAAGGGAAAAUUCCACCUUCCAUCUGCAAUUGUAUAAAUUUGGAAAUUUUAGAUCUUGGAAACAAUAAUAUGGAUGACACAUUCCCCCAUUUUCUGGAAACACUUUCGAAGCUACAAAUUCUAAUUCUAAAAUCCAAUAAAUUUCAUGGUUUGGUGAAAGGGACCUCUACCAAUUAUUCAUUCUCAAAGCUACGAAUUUUUGACCUCUCCAACAACACGUUCAACGGACCUUUACCUGCAGAGUAUUUCAAUAAUUUCAAGGCAAUGAUGAUCUUUGAUUUGAAUAUGAAAUACAUGGGAGCACCAAAUUAUUCUUCAUAUGAUUAUUCUGUGAGUCUGACACUCAAAGGCUUAGAGAUUGAGUUGGUGAAAAUCCAAACACUUCUUACAUCCAUUGAUUUGUCGGGCAAUAAAUUCACAGGGGAGAUCCCACAGUCAAUUGGAAAACUUAAAUCACUUAAGUUGCUCAACUUGUCUCACAAUCAACUCACAGGCAAUAUUCAACCAUCAUUGGGGAAUUUGACCAAUUUGGAAUCUUUAGACCUCUCUUCAAAUCUUCUUGUUGGAAGGAUUCCAAUGCAGUUGACAUAUUUGACAUUUUUGGAAGUGUUUCGGGUUUCACAUAAUCAACUUGAAGGACCUAUUCCGGAAGGAAAGCAGUUCAACACAUUCGAUAGCACUUCAUAUGAAGGAAAUUUGGGAUUGUGUGGAUUUCCGCUAGAAAAAUGUGACAGUGGGGAGAGGCAACAACCAACAGCAUCAAAAGAAAUUGAUUCCAAGUCUAAAAUUGGAUUUGGAUGGAAAGCUAUAUCGGCGGGGUAUGGAUGUGGAGUAAUAUUUGGUAUUGCAAUGGGAUAUGUUGUGUUUAAAACAAGAAAACCUACAUGGUUUGUGAGGAUGGUUGAAGGUGAAAGGCAUCGAAAGCUAAAAAGAUUUAGCAAUUAAUGUUCAAAGAGAAACUUUUCAAUG